UAUAAAAUAAUGGAAACAUCUCAGAGCUACUAUCAGUCUAUUUAACGUCUGCAACAAAGUCAAAGAUUCUUCUCUGAACAUCAUUUCUGAGAGAACUGAAUGUCUCCAGCAGCUUCAAGGUGAGAAAAAAGGGUGGUCCUGGUGAAAUACAUUUCUGAUAACAAGUACAUAACAUCUCACUCUCUCUCUCAUUGGUUUCUCUGUGAGUUCCUCAUUUUUUAGUCAGUUCUUAAACACUUCUUCAAAGUGUAACCUCCUUUCUGAGGAAGCUGGCUUUUCUACAGACCUCAUGAACAUAUUUACAAGCUUGAAGUCAAAGAAAAAGGUCAAACAGUUCCACUGGAAGAGACUUUCUCCUGACAAACAAAGAUGGCUGGAGCUCUGACUUUCCUUCUCAUUGGCUGUUUGCUGCAGGGUGUCCAGUGUGGACAGUGGAGAGUCAAUAUACUGCAGACUAUAGAGGUUCUGAGAGGAUCCUGUGUGACCAUCCCCUGCUCCUUUCACAUAGAUAGAACAUAUGACAACAAUUUAGAUCAGACAUGCAAAGCAGUGUGGAAAAACAGAAGUAAUAGUGAAGUUGUGUUUGAUAGUAAAACUAGAACAAAUGGAGAAUUGAUUGGAGCACUGACAGACAAAGACUGCACCACAACCCUGAACAACAUGGUUUCUGAUGGUACAUAUUUAUUCAGACUGGAAUGUGAAAAUGCCUUAAAAUGGGAAUUCAGUAAUGACUUAAUCAAUAUAGUGACCAAAGCUGAUCCUCCAUCACCCACUCUGACUCCGUCCACACUGGAGGUGGAGGAGGGAAAAUCAGUGAAUGUGACGUGCUCUGCUCCAGCUCCCUGUCUGUCUCAUCCUCCAACUCUGACAUGGAGCCCCAGACUGGGUGACAGUCAGGAGACACUGCAGGAGAAUCAGGACAAAACUAAAGUCCAGACCUCUGUUCUGACCUUCACUGCUUCUCAGCUCCAUCAUGGACAGAAAAUCUCCUGCACUGCUCUCUACAGGAAACAAGAUGGCAGCCCUGAUGCAUCUGUUACCACAGCUUUAACAGCUAAUGUUUCCUGUGUCCAGUGUGAACCGUGGAGAGUCAAUAUGCUGCAGACUAUAGAGGUUCUGAGAGGAUCCUGUGUGACCAUCCCCUGCUCCUUUGAUAUAGAUAGAAAAUAUAACAACAAUUUAGAUCAGACAUGUAAAGCAGUGUGGAAAAAGAGAAGUAAUGAUGAAGUUGUGUUUGAUAGUAAAACUAGAACAAAUGGAGAAUUGAUUGGAGCACUGACAGACAGAGACUGCACCACAACCCUGAACAACAUGGUUUCUGAUGACACAUAUUACUUCAGACUGGAAUGUGAAAAUGACUUGAAAUACAGCUUCAAUAAUGACUUGAACCUUGUGACCAAAGCUGAUCCUCCAUCACCCACUCUGACUCCGUCCACACUGGAGGUGGAGGAGGGAACCUCAGUGAGUGUGACGUGCUCUGCUCCAGCUCCCUGUCUGUCUCAUCCUCCAACUCUGACAUGGAGCCCCAGACUGGGUGACAGUCAGGAGACACUGCAGGAGAAUCAGGACAGAACUAAAGUCCAGACCUCUGUUCUGACCUUCACUGCUUCUCAGCUCCAUCAUGGACAGAAAAUCUCCUGCACUGCUCUCUACAGGAAACAAGAUGGCAGCAAUCAAUCAAGCAGCAGUAAAACUUCAGCUCUUACUGUUUCAUUUCCUCCACAGAUCCUGGCCUCAUCUCACUGCACCAAAACUGAAAGUCAGGUCAACUGUUCCUGUGAGACUGUGGGAAACCCUUCCCCUACUUUACACUGGCAUUUGGAUGGGAGACCUGUCAAUCAAUCUGGAGAGGUUUUAAUCAGCAGUGGGUCUCUAAAUGGCACAGGCCUGAGGAGCUUCAUCACCGUCAACAAACUAAAGGACAGGAGUCUUUCCACCUUGUUCUGUCACAGCUUCAACUCUCUGGGAUCUGCCAGGCAGCAGUUUUGUGUCAACACCCCUGAGGAUCAACGCUCUACAAAAAGACAAGAUCAACUGAUGUCAAUAUUGUUCAUCACCACAACUGUCACUUUACUGGUUCUAGUAUGUGUUCUGCUCUUUGUCAUCAGGGCUCAGAAGAAUUAUCGUGACAGUAAGAGUCAGCUCACAGGAGAAACCAGCACAACUGCACCAAGCCAGGGAAUUGAGGCACCCAGCAAAAGAGAAGAGGCCAUAUAUGCCAACACAGAUGACUUGAGACAAGCAGACAGCGCUGACCCUGAAACCAUCUCUGAACCAAACAGAACAAACUUGCCAAGCACUGGGCCAGACAAUGUACCAGGAGAAAGACACAGCUCAGAGAACAAUGAGGAAGGGAGUGAUGUGCUUUACUCUACUGUGAACUGGAAGAAUAAAAGCAAGAAAAACAAGGUAGAAGACUCUGUGGACAUGAAUCCAUCAGGUAGCUCCUAUCUGGAGGAGGAAAAGUACAUGGCCAAGGGCAUGUGCAAAAACUUUGUAAGCAACGCAAUGGUGAUGGGAAACCUGUAUGAUGAAGCAGAGCCUAGAAAUGUGGGGAAGGAAGUGGAGUGUGAAUAUGCUCAAGUUAAAUUUAAGAGGAAGAGCACUAUGCAUAAAUAGACUGUAAACCAAAUUUGAGGAAGACACAAAAUUGUGCUCCUAGUAUAGGCAGAAGUCAGAGUACACAAUAAACCUCCAUGUUAAGGUCCCCCAUCAGUUAAAGGGAGGAAACAUUAGCCCCAGUAGUUUUUCAUGUGUCACAGUCACACAACACAUGGGAAAAGACUGAGGACUGUCUGGUUAAUGGACAAAUGUAUUGAUGCACAUUGUUUUUAAUUAUAUUAAAUGAUGUGGAUUCUUUUUUAAACUAAAAUGCAGGUGUUGGUCAUAUGUAAGUUAAAUAUCUGUUUUAUAUUAUUUGUUCAAGUCUAGAGACAGGAUGAUAUGAAAUACCUGUAGUACAUUAAUUGUAAAUAUUUUUCUUUCUCUCUUGAGUGGCAUAUGUGUAUUACUUCAAGAACAUCCCAUUGGUCCUUUUGACAUUUGUCACUCCAAGAAAUUCUAAUGCAUGACUGGUAACUGUGAUGUGUUAUAAUGACAGAACAUGCUGGACAUACCAUAGCCUGAUCUCUCUCUUAUUUUCUAUGAUUUAAAUUCUUGCUUGACGUGAUGACCCUCACUGGAUGUUAUAAUUAUGAAAAAGUUUUCUAAAUCAAGCUAUGAUAGUAGAAUAUAAUUAUAGUGUUACAUGUUUUAAUGAGCUUUUUAUGAGAUAAGGUCUCAUGUGUUUUGUCGUUUGUCAUGCAGUGUGCUGCUGUCAUUUGGAGACAGCUCAUGGAUUUAUUGUGUUUACUGUUCGUUAGGUACUUCUACACAUGCAGGUUAUAGAGACUGAGCCAGCUGGAGUAAUCUUUAGGAUUAAAAGAGUCAAAACAUACAGUCUAGAAGUAUUGAUGAUCUCAUUAGUAUAUUCUCUGUGAGUUCCUUAUUUUUACUUAGUUCUUAAACACUUCUUCAAAGUGUAACCUUCCUUCUGAGAAAGCUGGCUUUUCUACAGACCUCAUGAACAU